UUCUUUCCACAGUGAUCUAGUGCCACACAAUUUCUCAUCCGGCACGAAUGGCCUACGAUCCGUAAGCAAGCUGCCGAACAGGAAGCUGUACGGAUUACAAUUCUGAAAGAGACACUCACCGGCCAAGAAAAUCGGCAGUGACACUCAAGGCUCCCAUUAGGGUGGUUUGGUUAUGUUGUCACUGUGAAUGUUUGACUUGCAAAUGCUGGAGAAAUUAUCUCCGGGCCCUUGUUAUCGAAAGGAUAAAAUGGUGUCUUGAAUAUCAUAUUUUUGUUUCCGUCUUUGGACGUACUGUACUGCUGCAUUCAGUGACCGUAAUCAGAAACUAAAGCAAUAACAGCCUUGUUGAGUUGGUGCAAACAUUGACAAUGGCAGCUACUUUUGAGCCUACAGACCGCGACAGUUGGUACUUUGGUCAAAUGUCUAGACAAGAUGCCACAGACCUGUUAAUGGGCGAACGAGAGGGUGGUGUUUUUCUUGUCAGAGAUAGUAAUUCCAUACUUGGAGAUUAUGUUUUGUGUGUUCGGGAAGACAGCAAAGUUAGCCAUUAUAUUAUAAAUAAAGCACAGCAAGCUAAUAACACUUCAUACCGUAUUGGAGACCAGUCCUUUCCAGACUUGCCUAGUCUAUUAUCAUUUUAUAAGCUGCACUACUUGGACACAACACCUCUCAUCAGACCAGCUCCUCGACGAAUUGAAAAAGUGAUGGCAAAAUACGACUUUGAAGGCAGUGAUCCAGAUGAUCUGCCAUUCAGCAAAGGAGAAGUUUUGACCAUUAUUCAGAAAGAUGAAGACCAAUGGUGGACAGCUAGAAAUAGUGUUGGUCAGAUGGGAUCCAUUCCAGUGCCAUAUGUUCAAAAGUAUGAAGAGAACCAAAUAGAUGGACAGAGACCUGGUUCUGGUGGAGGCACUCCAAUCCCUGUUCAACAGGAAACUGUCAUCAAAAGAUCAAACAUUCAAAGAAAACUUCCUGCCUAUGCUCGUGUAAAGCAAGCUCGAGUCCCAAAUGCUUAUGACCGCACAGCCUUGAAGUUGGAAGUCGGGGAUAUCAUAAAGGUGACAAAAAUGAACAUAAAUGGACAGUGGGAAGGUGAACUAAAUGGCAAAAAAGGCCACUUUCCAUUCACUCAUGUUGAAUUUGUAGAAAAUGAGGUUCAAGAUGGCAAUGAAGAUAGUUAGCUUAUUUUAAUAUGUGGAUGUUGACAUGUUGUUCAAUAACUAUCCAUAGCCUCAUGCUUUUAAUUUAUGGUGGAAAGGCAUUCUAGAAUUAGACACUAGAUUGGAAUAUUUUGGGAAAUAUCCUUGUCCAUUUCGAUAGGACACAGUCAUCUGUCUUGUGCAUGAAAAAAACAAAACAUUUUGAAUUUUAUUCCAAGACUAGAAUAAGUGAAACAUAACCCCUGUGGAUAAUAUGUUGCCUUAUUUACACUUUGUAUUCAUUCUUGCUCUGGAUUUAGGGCGUAAUAAAGUAUCAGUAUAUUUGUGUAAUUUUAUAGAAGAAAAUGUCCGAGCACAGAUGUAUUUUAUUACUGGACAAGCUGUACUCCUUGUGCAUAUCAAUGAUGGUGAGGUAGGGCUGUGCAUUGUUUGUGGAUGGUCGUUCCAUUUUGAAUUCUGGCAAGAUUCUUUCAAAUCAUACCUGGGUGAUGUAUAAUUCAAGUCAGUGUAUUUAUUCCAAUGAUGUAAUUUAUUUAAGGGCCAUUUAGAAACAAUCAUGGCAAUUAUGGAAGUCAUGGUAAAAAGAAUUGAUUGAUAUUUUAUAAAAGUUUGUCAGCUGCAGGAAGCAAUCUCAUUUCUUUCACUCGUAACCUUCAGCUACACAUGUUUUAUGUGAGAUGAAUGCUAUUUGAGUGAAUUUUUUAUAAGAUUGAGAUUUUUAAAGUCGAUGUUAUGGAAUGACAAGUCUGAUUAUUUUGUUGGAUUUUCUUCCUGGGUGUUUUUCCACCCACUGUGAAGUAACUGUAUGAGGCAAGUGCCAAAUGUAAGUGUUUGUAAAUAAAUUUAUCGUAUAUACUAUUGAAUGCAAGAUUUUGUCUGUAUGAAUGUAUAAAAUAGUACUGCAGAUGGAAGUACACUUACUGUUGUUGUGCCACACUUACUUGUAAAAGUGGAAGUUAUUGAUAACUUUGCCUCCCAAUGAGGACAUUUUUUUAAAGUCAUUUUCUUGGUUCUGGUUUAUGAUACAACUCAGCAUGCCAAUAGUUGAAUAUUGUAGAUGGGCUUCCAAUCUCAUUGAAAGAGAUUUUAUUUUUGAGUAUGUACAAAUAUGAAGGACGUAGUGAUGGACUACAUUAAUGAAUGCUACUUUUCAGUAAAUUUUCUUCUUUCCAUCUAUCUUUCUCUCUCCCCAAUUUCUCUUCCUCUUUCCCAGUGAGUAUCUAUUUUAUAUCUUAGACAAAAGUUCCUCUUAUGUAUGGUAUUUUGUGAGUUGGAUUUUUUCUAUUUUAUUGCUUUCUAUAGUGGUUCAAGGUAGUUGACUGCAAGAGGCUUCAAGAAAAGUUUCUGAUUAGCUAUUGUUAGUGUGGUGAUCUACAAUUUUUCUGCAUCCCAUUCUGGGAUGUGAUUUACAAAUGAAUUUUCUGCAUGAAUUGCAUAGAAUAACCUAGCUUGCAUGAUGUGAGGUAAUGGUUUAUAAUGAUGUUAUUUUCUUGUGGGUAUUUAUUUUUACCCACCUUACAAUAAUUCCAAGUUUGCAUUUGGAAGCUGUAGAGAUUUCGUAUCUUGAAAAAUGUUUAUAUCUCUAAAGCUUUUAUGUAUUCUUUACACAUUGUGAUGUUUUAUACAUGUGAACUUAAACAAAUCAAAAGUCUUGAUGUGAUUUUUAAUGUAAAGGCAGCUCUGUUAGCUAUGGUCCUAAUUUGAGAACUGUUAAAUGUUGUUUAAUUGUGCUAAGACUGCAGAUUGCAUGCUCACCAUGUGCCAGCAAGCUAUGCUGUUUUGAUAAUAUUCCUGAAUUUGGAUUUUUUGUAUUGCUUUGUCAAUGAGACAGUUUAAUUGUGUUUUUUUUUUUUUUUUUUUGUUUCUUUUGAUCUUUAUUGAAGCAAGUGAAUUAAAUUUGGGAUCACAUUUGGGAACAGACAGAACUAGCUCUUUAUGUUCGUGUAAAGUUGUUAGAAUUUCCUACCUUGCUGUAAAAAUGCCAGCACAUUUAAUUAUUAUCUUGAUAACAUUUGAGAAUUGUGUUAUAUUUUGAGUUUGCACAUGAUUCUCUUUAUGCAGAUACCCUGUAUGCCAGGCCCCUUUAAUAUUAUCCAUUAUAUGCUCCCUGGCUGACUAAAGUGUAAAAUGCUUUUAAGUAACAUUUUAGCUUUCAGCUAUGAAGUGCAUUUGUAAUAUAUUCUGUAUCUACUUGGUUUGCGAUGUGCUGCUAGUCUGAGAAAAGUCAUUAUUGUUCCAAAAAAAUUGUUGGCUUGGAGUUUCUUUGUUUUUGUUUUUUAAUUUGGACUUAUGGAUGGACACACGUUGUAGCAAGAUUCUUGCUACUUGAUUUUGUAAGCCUGGAAGCUUUUGCAGUGUAUUGACGCUAUUAUGUGGUGUGUUGUGAGGGGCCGCAGUGCAUUCUUUAACAGGACAUAUCAAUCACGGAGCCCAAAUUACAGUGUGGGAAACAUUGGAUAAAUGUUGCAUUAGAGUGCGGAAGCCCUGCUCAUAUUUAAGCUGUGCUCAUCCCCUUUGGAAAAGUUGAUUGUAAGCUGAGUUAUUUGAACCGGCCAUAAGUAAAUAAAUGUAAUUGUAUUGGAUGCUGAGUUUUAUUUUGAAGCAAAGGUGGUCAGCUGUGUAAUGAAGGCUUUACAUUCAAAUCUUUUUAUCACUACAAUGUCUUUAGCAAAAUGAAAACAUCAGUGUAUUAAUGACUGGAAAGUACAAUGCCAUGUAUUUGUGCAGUGAAUGUAAAAUAAAUUGUAACAGUUCAGUAAGAA